GGGAGAAAGGCGCUCUCACCGGCUCUUCGCUCCCUGCGGGCGCUAUCCCGCCCUCUGCUGCCAGAACCGUGGGGAUGUGCCUAGACCCGGCGCAGCGCACGUCCCGGCCAACCGCAAGCAGAACAAACCCUUGGCUGGCGGCCAGGAGGCUCCCUCUCAGCCACCGCCUCCCGCCAGCGCCUUUUUCCCCCCCUUGCAAUACAAGAUCUUCCUUCCUCAGUUCCCUUAAAUCACAGCCCAGGGAAACCUCCUGCGAGCCGUCAUCCAGCCACAGGCCAGCAUGUCUGGGGGCAAAUACGUAGACUCCGAGGGACAUCUCUAUACUGUUCCCAUCCGGGAACAGGGCAACAUCUACAAGCCCAACAACAAGGCCAUGGCAGAGGAGGUGAACGAGAAGCAAGUCUACGACGCGCACACCAAAGAGAUCGACCUGGUCAACCGCGACCCCAAGCAUCUCAACGACGACGUGGUCAAGAUUGACUUUGAAGAUGUGAUUGCAGAACCAGAAGGGACACAUAGUUUUGACGGCAUUUGGAAGGCCAGCUUCACCACCUUCACUGUGACAAAAUACUGGUUUUACCGCUUGCUGUCUGCGCUGUUCGGCAUCCCAAUGGCACUGAUCUGGGGCAUUUACUUCGCCAUUCUCUCUUUCCUGCACAUCUGGGCAGUUGUACCGUGCAUUAAGAGCUUCCUGAUCGAGAUUCAGUGCAUCAGCCGCGUCUAUUCCAUCUACGUACACACCUUCUGUGACCCACUCUUUGAAGCUAUUGGCAAAAUAUUCAGCAAUAUCCGCAUCAACAUGCAGAAAGAAAUAUAAGUGACAUUUGAAGGAGAGAAGUAUAUCUGGUUCUUUUUAUUUUUCUUUCGAUUUUCUUGGUGCCAAUUUCAAGUUUCAAGUUGCUAGUACAACAGCAAUUUAUGAAUGAAUUAUCUUGGUUGAGAACAAAGAAAUCACUUUCUCAGUUUUCGUAAUCCUUAUUUGCCUCUUUUUUGGCAGUCUGAAUUUUCAGACCCAUUUAAAUUUUUUUCCUUACUUUCUUAUUUACAUGUGGAUCAAUCAUCGUUUUAUUGGCUGAGAGAUGAACAUAUUAUUGAGAGAUAAUUUGCGAGAAAUAUGAAGAACUGAGGAGGAAAAAAAUAAGACCCAAUAGCCUCAACUGCCUACUCUAAAAUGUUGGUCAUUCUAUGGUAAGGGAAGAACUCCAGGCUCUGGCCAUUAAGAGCAGAAGUAUGUAGGCAGUUUUUAAGCAAAUUCUUGAUGAGUUAGUGGAUUACUGCCAUUCAUUUUAAUGAUCCAGCAGGAUCUAGUGAUCCUUACAAGUUAGAAAACAUAAUCUUCUGCAGUUUCAUGAUCUGACUAAUGCCUAUUCUUUUUGAAAUUUUAACCGAUGAUACUUUCUGUGCCUGGGUAUUUGUUAUACAGAUAAUGAAACUUAAGUGCCUUCUCCAUUUUCCUUCUCAAAUAGAGGCUAACCCAUCAAUUUUCUUUAGGUCAGCGCCUCCCUGAAGACCAAAAUAGAAAACGCAUGACCUAGUUUUCCGUGUUUGUUUCCGACUGAGUUAAGAGUCUGGGAUGCUCAUGUCUGGGCUCGAUCAUGCAGCAUCUUUAUCUAUAGCCAGUAUGAUCAACAUUAGCCCUAUGAAAUAAAUUAGCGUGGCCGAAUGGGGCGAGCCCUCUCUGGGCUGGCAGGAGUGGAAGCCAACUUUCCCUGCCUCUCAUCAGCUCAAUGAGGUCAGCAUGCCUAUUCAGCUUCGUUUAUUUUCAAGAAUAAUCACGCUUUCCUGAAUCCAAACUAAUCCGUCACCGGGGUGGUUUAAUGGCUCAACAUUGUGUUCCCUUUUCAGCUGAUCAGUGGGCCUCUGGGAAAUGGCUGUCAAAAUGGAGGCCAUUGUGUGAGACUGUCAGAGUCGCUGCAAACAUGACCCCUUCUGAGCAGAGCACUCGCCACUGUCCGUUAUGCUGUGACACGAGGCCCCUCCCCCUGCCAGGAGCUUGGGACCUAAUCCAAGCAUCACUUUGCUCAGAAAGAAGCUGGGGGAGGAGGCAGCUUUAAAAGAUUGGAGUAAUUUGCUGGAAUAAGUUCAAAUUCUUCUGAACUCAAACUGAGGAAUUUCACCUGUGAACCUGAGUCAUGCAGAAAGCUGCCUGGUACAUCCAAAAGCUUUUUAUUCUUCCUGCUCUUAUUGUGAUCCUGCCCUGGGGGACUUUUUUUAAACCUUCAGUUAUGCUUUUAUUUUUAUUUCCCUGCACUUAUGGGACCUCUGUUUGACUUUUGCCUUUUCCAGUUCUCCUGACAUUUUAAUUACCAACCUGUUACCUAUUUUGAUAUUCUGCAUUUAAAACAGACACUGGCAUGGACAUAGUUUUACUUUUAAACUGUGUACAUAACUAAAAUGUGCUAUGCUGCAACUUUUUAAGUGUAAAGAUAUUUUAUCUUUAUAUAAGGAAAAUCGCUUGGGAAAUGGCUUUGUAAUUCAAUCUGUAAACUGUGCAUUCCAAGACAUGUCUGUUCUACAUAAAUGCUUAGUAUGCAAACCAAUUGUUGGUCCAAAAGAUUGCUAAAAUUUUAUAUGCUUACUGAUACAUUUUACACUUUUUUAUCCUGCAUGUCUUAUAAAGGUUACAAGUCUGCACAAUAAAAAUGUUUAACUGUUAAA